UAUAUAAAUGCCCUCUGUCGGAGUUGAAAACCAAGAGACGGUUCGGAGAGAGAAGAAACCGACCCACGACGUCACAGUUUGACCUCUUCCACUCUUCCACCUGUAACCUCCAAGUCUCCUCCAAAAGGCCGUGAUGCAGAAGCCAUGGACAGCGCUGGUGGCCCUGGUGCUCUGUGUGCUGGUGUGUCUGGGAACACUGGCGGACGCCUACCCCCCCAAACCUGAAAACCCCGGGGAAGACGCUCCCCCGGAGGAACUGGCCAAGUACUACACCGCCUUGAGACACUACAUCAAUCUGAUCACCCGGCAGCGGUAUGGGAAGCGUUCAACUCAAGAGGAUGUGGUUGCAGAACUGCUGUUUGGGGGCGACAGCAGCAGAGACCAGAGAUCCAGAUACGAUGACCCCUACAUGUGGUGACUCCGCUGCUCCACUCCCACCAACCGGAACACAAGCUGUCUUCGUCUCUCAUGUCCCCGUCUUAUGACUUUCUCAUUACAAUACAAUUGUACAUAAUUUACUAUUCAAAUAAAUAAAUAAAUAACCAUAUAUAUGAGAUUAGAGCUGUGUGUGUGAUCAAUUAAUGUCCCUCUGAGGUCCAGCACUGUUUAGAGUAAAAUCUUGUUUCGCUGUUGCUACUGUAAAAGCCAACGGAAUUAAUGAACAUAAAACCAUCCUGUGUCAGAUGUGUUAAUGGUGGUUUGUUGGGCAUUUGUGUAAUAAAGUAUUCUCUGAAACUUGAAA